CCGGACAGGGAGGGAGGUUGCAAUGGCUGCAGCUGCUUUUGCGAGAGGCACCGGGCUCUGCACCGCGCAGCUCCCGCGGCCGCUGCUCCGCACCCAGCGCAUCUUUGCAAGCGGCGGCGGCGCGCCCGGGCGGAGGCAGCAUUGCCAGCAAGUUCCCGCGGAGCCGAGGCUGACUCGCACGUGGCAGCAGGAUGGGAUCAGGAACAUUGUUUUGAACAAUCCUCUCAAGAGAAAUGCACUUUCGCUCUCCAUGAUAAGCUCCCUCCGUGAGGAUAUUCUGCAUGAUAUUGAAAGCACCGAUCUGAGAGUCAUUAUAAUUUCAGGUAUUUUGCUCAUCAAACCUAUGAGGGUAGGAGAAGGUCCCAUUUUCUCCUCUGGGCACGACUUGAAGGAACUGGCGUUUGAGAAGGGGGAGAAGCACCACAGAGAAGUCUUUGAGACCUGCUCUGAGGUCAUGACAUUGCUCCCCAAGCUACCUGUUCCUGUAAUCGCCAAAGUCAACGGCUUGGCCACGGCCGCCGGCUGCCAGUUGGUGGCCAGCUGCGAUGUUGCUGUGGCCAGCGAGAAAUCCAGGUUCGCCACACCAGGAGUGAAUGUCGGCCUGUUCUGCUCGACGCCUGGAGUGGCCGUGGGGAGAUCUCUCCCGAGAAAGGUUGCGAUGGAGAUGCUGUUGACGGGAGAACCCAUGACUGCUCAGGAGGCGCUUCUGCAUGGGCUCAUCAGCAGGGUGGUCCCAGAAGACAAGCUGGAAGACGAGACCCUGAGAAUCGCCCGCAGGAUAUGCGAGAGCAGCCGGCCUGUCGUAGCUCUGGGCAAAGCCACUUUUUACAAACAGAUGGAGCAGGACGUCGGCACUGCCUACAGAACGGCCUCCCGGGUCAUGGUGGAGAACCUGGCCCUGCAGGAUGGACAGGAGGGCAUCAAGGCCUUCGUCUCCAAACGCAAGCCGGCCUGGUCGCAUUCCUGAACGGAAACCUCCCAUGGGAUGCCCAUCCUCUCUUAAGAGCCAAAUCGAUUGAGAUCAUCGUAGCUGGUGCCUUCUCUCUCUGAAAAUCCUAGGGACUAUCAUCUUGUUAAAUGCGAUCCCUUGAUUCUGCAACAGGUCCGCCUUUGAAAAUGACGGUCUGUCUGAUACACAUUGAUCUGUUAAUCUGUAAAAGUGCAAUACCAAACAGGAAAGUGAUGCUCGUUGCAAUAUCAAAACAAAGUGGAUUUUAAUUCAGGCUUCUUUCGCUGCUAUGUAGAUAUAGGGAUAUAAAGAACUGCCUUGACACUGAGCCAGGCCAUUCAGCCAGUACUCUCACAGGCAGCCUCUUUCUUCUUCUGACUCUCCUCCUUGAGUGUUGUUGUUGUUUUAACUGGAGAUGCCAGGAAUCGAACCCAAGGCCGCCUGUGCAAAGCAUGCCACUAGCCUUAGCCGCUUUCUGAACGGCAUGCCAAGUCCCACUCACUCAACACUGUGGAACCUUUUAAAGAACUGUUGUCUAUAUUAGCUAGUUAGAUCUGAUUCAGAUGAUGGGGGACCUGUAGCCUUCCAAGACGUUGUCGGACUACAACUCCCAUCAGCCCCUGUUGGCAUGGCCGAUGGGAGUUGUAGUCUGUCAACAGCUCAAGGGCCACAGGUGCCCCUUCCCCUGUUUUAUGUGUUGGCAUCUUUGCUACUAGCCAGUUCCGAGUCUGCAGGCCCUCCUGUCUUCCACCAUGGAGGAGAAGAGCUGAGACCUCCAGUUGCUGUGGAUCAGAAGACCCCCUACACACAUGUCCCAAAGUUAUAUCCCGAAUUAUACUGCCACAUUCGUGCGGGUUUUGGAAGCCAGUCUUGGAUGAAUAGUAGGUUAUCAAUAGGCAAUUAUUGGAAGGGGGAGAGGGGUGUGUGGCCUGGGCUUCCCCAACCUAGUGCCCUCCAGAAGUUGCUGGACUACAGCUCCCAUCAUUCCUAGCCUGCAGGACCUGCAGACAGGAGUGAUAGGAGUGGAGGCAGGGCCUUGGGAGCCAGACUAGAGGGGAGGGUGGUUGGAGAAGCUCAGAAGAAAGGCAUUCCUGGGGGAACAGGACCUGGAUCAAAAAGACGACGACAAAUGGCUACCAGGUUUGCAUUUUCAGCAAGGAGCUUCUCAGCAAAAAAAAGAGAAUAGCUCCAGAAAUACUUUGCAAAUGGGUCUUUUCUUUUGGGAGGCGUUUUGAGGAGCCCCUGACUCCCCAUUCCCCUCGCCUUGAUCUUUAUUAGAUCUUGGAUGAAUCGCAGAGGAGUUUUGCUGACAACAAUUUCUCACCAAGAGUCGUGAUCUUCCUGGCUGCUGCAUUGCAACCGGAUAGAGAGCGGACGUGAUUUAUUUCUCCAGCUAACCCUAUAAGCCUAUGAUUUCAAAAACCGGGAUGUUUGCACCAUCUUCCCAGAAAGGCACAGGUGAGAUGUAUUUCUGAUAAGAUCUUAUCACAAGGCACCGCACAGGAAACCCCAGCAAUUGCACCUGCAGCUGCCUGACUGUAAGCUGGAAGGGGUGCUCUGAAUCACCUUUGCAAACUGGGUUGCUUUGCAUUUUGAAAGGAGGAAGUGAGCUACUCCUUGCAUGGUCACCAGAGGGCGGUAUCCAUUCAUGUUGUAAUGCACAGUGCCUUUUUCGGUCCUGUAUGGUUUUUUUUAGCUUCCCUGGUCCGAGUCUAGGAAACAAUAAAAAGCCAAGUAUUUUAGCGUCA